AUGAAUGCAAGUGGUAAUUUUUUGGCACCUGCAUUUAUAUUUCCUAGAAAGAGGAUAAAACCGGAAUUAAUGGAUAAUGCGCCCAGUGGAAGUCCAGCCCUUCCCCAAGAUAAAGGUUGGAUGAAUCGAGAUGUGUUUUUACACUAUAUGCACUACUUUGUUGAGCAAACAAGGCCGUCAAAAGAAAGAUCAAUUCUUAUUAUUUUAGACGGCCAUAGUUCUCAUACAAAAAGUUUGAAUGUUAUAGACUUUUGGCGUGCUUAUGGAGUUAUUCUGUUGUGCCUACCGCCCCGCUGUACACACAAAAUUCAACCGUUGGAUGUAUCGUAUUUCAAAUCUGUUAUGACCUAUUACGAUACGUACCUUUCCAGAUGGUUGAAAAAUCAUUGUGGUCGCACUUUCGGGCUCUAUCAAAUUGCAGGAGCUGUUUCAGAAGCCUUUGAAAAAUCAGCAAAUGUUCAAACUGCUGUGAAUGGGUUCAGAAGAACAGGUAUCUGGCCGUUCAAUGCCGAUGUAUUCGAAGAUUGGGAAUUUGCCGCUGCAGAAACAACUAACACUGAAGUAGAUCCAUAUCAAAACCCCUCUACCUCCAGAAAAGACACUAUUUCACAAUCUUCGGAAAAUGGUCAAAACAACGAGAGUAGCUCAGAAGAUAAACUUCCGCUAGUAGCCUUGGUUGCUUCGCGGAAAAAGGAAAUCCUUCCAGAUAACAACUCUUCUCCGUCUAAAGUAAAAAUUAUUGACAUCAGUCCUUUACCGAUAGCUAAAGACAAACGAAAAAAACAAACAGCUAGGAGAUCAUUGAAGUCUACUAUUUUAACAGAGUCCCCAUACAAAAACCAACUGGAGGCCCAGCAGACGCCAAAAAGUCAAGCUUUAAGGGUGGUCAGGACAGUGGGCCAGGCCUUCGAGGUGUGCCAUAAACUAUCCAUAGGGGCUCCAGAGGAUAACCUGGACGACGAGCAGGAGACCACUGUGACGCAGGACUUGCUCAGCGAUCGGCUGAGCGAUGUAGCCAGUGACAAGCCCAAAAAAG